UUUUCAAUAAAAAAACUUAAUUGAAAUUAAAGAAAUUGUUUUAAUUCGGAAAAGUUCAUAUUUUAUUGUUGAUUUCAAUAAAUUGAAACGCUUUACUUUACCUGUGAAGUUUUACACCAAAAGUUGAAAAACUAAAGCAUGAAAGAAUGAAAGCAACAAAACUGGUUAUCAUCUUGAAAUCAGCUGUGGAUUAUUAUUUUGCCUCACAACACAUGUAAUGUUUGCUUUUAUUUACUGUUUUUUUACAAAAUUUGUAUUUAAAUUGUAAUGUUUAUUUCUGUAAUUUAAUAUGUAAUUAGUUUAAUUCAAUAACAAUCAUGUUGUCUUCAUCAUCACGGGUUGCUAAAUCUCUGGUGUCAGUUGUUUUGAAAAAUCAUUUUCAACUGGGCAAAAAAGCUUCUCAACUAGAAACAUGUUACCGGUCUUUUCAUGGUACAAGGAUAGUGUCUAUUUCUUCGUCACCAGUGCUGUCAUUUGCUGACAGACCAUCAAAGUCCGACCCUCCGAGCAACAAAAAAGCAAAAGUAGUCGAGAUAUGGCAUGGAAUGGGGCCUCGUGAGCUGGCUAAAUCUUCAGGAUUGACCAUUGAACAAGUCCGUGAACUAAUGGAUUUGUGUAAUAUAAAAUGGAUAAAUUCGGUAGAAGAUAUCAAAACCAUGUUGACUAAACUAAGAUAUCGGUUCACUAUUGUCACAGCACCUUCAAAAGUUGUUAAAGAAUCUGAAGAUAAUAUUUCAGAAUUGAUUGAACAAUCAAGAGAACCAGAAGGGAAAGAUCUCAAGCCAAGACCGCCAAUUGUUACCAUUAUGGGUCAUGUUGAUCAUGGGAAAACGACAUUGUUAGAUUCUCUGAGGCAUAGUCAAAUUGUCGAACAAGAAUUUGGUGGAAUCACUCAACACAUCGGAGCAUUCGCUGUUGCCUUGGAUGAAAGUAUCUCCAGAAUGAAAAAAUUUGAUGCAUCGCUGGUUAAAAAGAUAGUCACCUUUUUAGAUACUCCAGGUCAUGCUGCAUUUUCAGCGAUGCGACAAAGAGGAGCUAAUGUUACAGAUAUUGUAGUCUUGGUAAUAGCCGCUGAUGAUGGUGUAAUGGAGCAAACUAUCGAAUCAAUUAAAUACGCUCAAAAAGCUGGAGUUCCAAUGAUAAUAGCAGUUAAUAAAAUUGACAAAGUAUCAAAUGCUGAUGAAGCCUUAAAAAGAAUCAGAAUGCAGCUAAAUGUUGAAGGCAUUGUUACUGAAGCAGAUGGAGGUGAUGUCCAGGUUGUUACCAUUAGUGCAUUAAAAGGUGAAGGUUUGCGCGAACUAAAAGAAGCCAUUUUAGCUUUGGCAGAAACCUUGGAAUUAAAAUCUUCAUACGAUGGUGGGAUUGUUGGAUCCGUUGUUGAAUCAAAAAUAGAUCCGCAUCGAGGAAAAAUGGCAACUGUUUUAGUGAAUCAAGGAAUUUUGAAGAAAGGUUCAUAUAUUUUAGCUGGUGAGGUUAGCUAUUGUCGUGUCAGAGCCAUGUUUGAUGAACAAACUCGUCCCAUUGAAACAACAACUCCUGGUUUUGCUAGUCAAGUAAUCGGUUGGAGAGAUGAUGAUUUACCUGAAGCGGGUGAUAUUGUUUAUUCAUUUCCAGAUGAAAAGUCACUUCGUCAAAUUGUCAAGAAAGCUCAUGAAGUCCGAAUGAAACAAAAGGCUCUUUAUGAUGCCGCUGAAGCAGCCAAGAAAAAUGCUGCAUUACGAGAAGAGUAUACUACGAAAAGACAAGCUAGAAUUGAAGCGAAAAUACCUUUUUGGUAUACAAAAUAUAAAGGUCCAAAAGUCAAAACUUAUCAAGAUGACCCCGAUGAGUUAUAUAAACUACGACUUUGCAUAAAGGCUGAUGUUCAUGGCAGUGCAGAAGUUCUUUUAGACAUAAUUGACGCUUAUCCUAAUGAUACUUCUCCUAUAAAAUUGGAUUUGUUACAUUAUGGUGUUGGUGCAGUUACGGAAAAUGACAUCGAAUUAGCCGCUUGUUUCCAAAACUCUGUUGUUUAUGCUUUUAAUGUUCCCAUAAGCCCACAAUUAUUGAAUCUAGCCAAAGAAUCUAAAGUAAAAAUCAAAACUUACAAUGUUAUUUAUCAUUUUGUUGAUGAUUUAAUCCGAUCUAUCAACGAAAUGAUGCCAGAAAAAGAUGACGAAGUUGUUAUUGGAGAAGCUCUGGUACAAAAACAAUUUCUAAUCGAAGAGAAACGAAAAUCUAUUCCAGUUGCUGGCUGUCGAUGUACUCGAGGUCCGAUUCUUCGGGAAGAUUGCUUCUAUAAAGUAGUGAGGAAUAAUAAGACGGUUGCAGAUGGACUUAUAAUUAGUUCGAUGAAGCACUUAAAGGAAGAUGUUAAAUCAAUAAACACGAACUUGGAAUGCGGACUAAAAUUUUCUAACCUGCCAGAGAACUUUAAUUUCCUUCCAUCAGAUAUUUUAGUUUGUUAUAAAUUGAAAAAAGUGAAACCAACAUGUAAAUGGAGACCUCCAGGUUUCUAGUAGAAACCCGAAGGCAAUAAACGUCAAUAUAAUAAAUUAUGUAGAUUUUGAUGACGAAAAUUGACUAUUUAAUAGUUGUGAUUGCAUUAAAACAUGUAUUUUUUUCUAUGA